UGGAUCUACAGACAUCAGCGCUAUCCACAGGGAUGCCUGGCUCCUUCAAGGCCAGCUCACUCCUGAUUGGUAUUGAUAUUUCUAUUGGCAUUGUGGGAGUGAUUGGAAAUCUCCUUGUUAGUCUGACAAUCCUCAAGAGCAAAGCUUUGCACAGCCUCACCCACUAUUUUCUCCUCAGUCUUGCAGUAGCUGAUAGCUUGGUGUGUGUCACUGGUAUUGUACAUGCGUAUGUCAUAACUGAAUAUAACAAUCCCACACAGGAGGGGGAAGUGCUUUAUUUAGUGCUUUUUUUUAUGGAGAGAUCUUCGACUGGACAGUCAGCACUAUCUCUGCUGCUGGUCACUUUUGAACGAUUCAUAGGUAUCGUUCGACCACUGCAUCACUGUAACUUCUUUACCAGGAGAAAGGUCACCCUUCUUAUCCUGUUUGUUUGGAUUGUGCCUGCAUUUAUAGAAAUGUGGGUAAUGGUUUGGUACAUGUAUGUUGUGCAAAAGCAAAACUGUGCAGAGAAUCACCCACAUGGAUGUGAUUCAUAUAUCCAUGGAAUGGUUUUCCCGGUCAUGAAUGCCCUGCUGCUGUUUGUUGUGCCAGCUGCGGCAAUGAUCUGGAUGUACGUUCAGAUUUUGAGGAACCUCAAGGCAAGUGCCCGUAGAAGGAAGAAUCUUGGAAUCCAGGGUCCCAAUGAACUGCAGCGAGCCAGGCAGAAGCUGACCCAUGCCCUGCUGCUGGUCAUCCUUGCAUUUCUUGCCCUCAUUAUGCCACAGAAGGUCUUGUACAUUUUAGCAAUGGCAUUAUACAGGGACAUAGAAACGUCCUUCAUAAUAUAUCUUCAAGUUACAGUGAUCUUGCUGCUGGUUAACUCCACGGUUAACCCCAUCUUAUAUGCACUCAAGUAUGACAAGUUCCAGCGGGAGAUAAUAUCUGUACUCUGCUGUUGGUUAAAGACUUCUGGGAACCAACCAGUACCAGAUGUCAAGAGAAACAUGGGACACAUGCCAGUCUCUCAGCAAGCAAAACAUCAAGCCACACCCACGUACUAUGAAAGUUGUGUUUAGGGUCUUAUUCAGUGUUUUUGAGACGGUAAUUUGAGGGUUUUCAAAGUAGUUUGUAACAGAGUUUGUGGUUCAAUUGGUGUAGUACAUGAUCUAAUCUGCCAAUUUCUCCAGGAAUUGUGUCACCUGGAGAGGUUUUAAUUGUUGAUGGGAUUUCAGGGUUCUCCCCACGUACAAACUUGCCUAUCAGGCCCAAUACGCAAUUAUUUCUGUCCGAUCCCCCAAAAUGGGCCGACAUCUAUUUUUUCAUCUUCGAUAUGCACAUUAUUAUUAUGAUAGUAUGGCUGAGAAUUAUUUUACAUAAUGCAGCUCGCAUGUCUGGAAAUUCUAGACGAAAAAGCAGUAAAUAGUCCUGCAUUUUUCCGUGUACAUGUACUUACUAAAGGUAGCAUGCAUUGUGCACCACGCAUCGGCGGCUACACUGCACACCAUACAUAUACAUUGGCACUGAACGUUCCUCUUGGCCGGUGUCGCUUGAAAUCUGAACUUCCGUCAUGGGCGGCGUACAUUCACCCACGCGCAUGUGUGUUUUCCCUGUGCCGUGUGCUCAAUACGCUAGCGGGGCUGCAUUUACGAAGGUUAAAAUUUUAUACUACACCAUUCGCAGAACUUACA